ACUCGGUGGCGACAAUUCAGUAACGAGACCCGACUAGCUGGAGGACCCUCUUUGUGCGCUUUCCUCGUUUGUUUAUACGUUAACUGCCUGACUGUGUUUAUCUGUGUACUACUCGGAUUUGAAAGGUCGAUAAAAACCCCCCUAAUCUUAUUUUCAACAUGGGAUGUGACGGCGGCACUAUACCCAAAAGGCAUGAAUUGGUUAAAGGACCAAAGAAGGUGGAAAAGGUGGAUAAAAAUGCUGAGCUCGCCGCCAAGUGGAAGUACUGCGCCCUGAGCCAGGAGAAGUUGAGGCGUCCUAUUGUGGCUUGUGAACUUGGGAGGCUGUACAAUAAAGAUGCUGUCAUCGAGUAUCUGUUGGACAAAUCAGCAGAAAGACCAAACGUAGAGAUCGCAGCUCACAUCCGUGGCAUUAAGGAUGUGAAAGAGUUGAACCUGACCGAUAACCCAGCGUGGGAAGGAGAUCGGAGGAACGCUAAGGGUGACUGCUAUGAGGACAUGCACCGCGCCAUGUUCAUCUGCCCUGUUGUGGGACUGGAGAUGAAUGGCAAACACAAGUUUUGCUAUCUCCAGACCUGCGGCUGUGUCUUCUCAGAACGAGCUCUUAGGGAAGUCAAGACAGAGAUCUGUCAUAAGUGUGGAGAUCCAUUCCGUGAUGAAGACAUUGUGGUGCUGAAUGGGAGCAAAGAGGAACAGGAGCAGUUACAGAAGACAAUGGAAGAGAGGAGGGCCAAAGCUAAAGCGGGAAAGAAGUCAAAGAAAAACAAGGGUCUUGAGACUGUUUCCAAACCUGUGGAGUCAGAAGCGUCUUCUGAGUCUACAUCCACACCAGUGAACGGGGGGGGCAGCAGCAGCGGUGACUCAGCUCCAGGACCAUCUGGCUCCUCUAAAACAGUAAAACCUGUUGCUGCAGUGGGGAGUAAAAGAUCCAUCCAGAACAUGGAGGGGAAAUCAGAGGCCUACAAAUCUAUCUUUACUACCCACAGCUCCGCCAAGCGCAGCAAAGACCAGAUUUCCAACUGGGUCACCCACACUCCUUACCACUUUUAAGAGCCGUUUCAUUCUUGUUUCUGUGGCUGUAGCACCCUCUAGUGGUGAUGGAGGGUUGUUGAAUUCUUCCCCUUCUCAUUGUGACAGUUUGUGUCCACUGUUGGCCGCAAUGCAUUUGAAUUUUUUUUCCUUUAAGAAACAUUUUUACAGUUUCUUUGCUUUUGUUAAUGUAGAUGACCUUUUCUUCCAGCAUGUUUUUUUUUUUUAGACAAAAUAUAAUACUUGGAGCUGACAGCAAAAUGUGAUAUUUGUUUUCUUUAUUAUGAUAAAUUGAUUUGUCUUUAUUAUGUGUCACUAAUGCUAUACACCAGCUACCUGUUUAUGGCCAAAUAUUUAGGUACACCUAUAGCUACAGGUUUGUAGGUGUACAAUUAUGCUCCUACACCUUGUACUAAGGCUAUAUUCACAUUACAAGCCUUAUUGCUCAAAUCUGAUUUUUUUUUUCCUUCAAGUCCGAUCUCUCUGACAGGAUGGUUCACAUUUGUUUAGGUAAGUGAUUCAAGCCUGUUAUUAAUGUGAACGAACCAGCGUCCGGAAAUGACCCACAUAAGAGCAUCCUACUCAGUAAGGUCAAGUGAAUGAAUCACGUGGGUCACGUGUUGUCAGCAAACAAAUUAAUGAGCAGAACGAGCCUUUGCUGCAAAGAUAAUUUACUCUGAUAAGCUCUCAGCUUCAUUACUGGAGCAAGAUGAAGGCGAAACAGGUGAGAUGAGUUGCUUUUCCACAAUUCACAGGCUUCUGAUCCUGAUGUUGCCAUGGUAACACUAAAUGAUGGCGCACCUGCAGUGCAUAAAAAGCAGCUGAAAUCGGAUCUGAGCAUCACAUUAAGGUCUCAUGGGCACGAAUUGGAUUCUAGGAUCAUAUAUGAAAUUGGCUCAGGUCUUAUUCGAAAAGAUCAGAUUUGCGUGUCCAUACAGCUCUGGGUCACAUUAGGGCAAAAAAAUCGGAUUUGUACCACUUCAACCUGGAAAUGUGGACGUAGCCUAAUAAUCCACUACCAUGUUCGGGGCACCGCUUUGCUGAGAAUGGUCCACCACCUGAAUACUAUAUAAUAGUAUUUCAACCUUUAUGGUCUUUAUAAGGCAAAAGCCCUGAUGAAAAACCCAGAUUUUGUAGGGGCCGGUAGUGACGGCAAGAAAAUACACGCUCGGUAAUGGUCAUGUGAUUAAAAACCUGCAGUAACAUUAUUCAAAGAGUAAUUCGUAAUAAGUCAUAGUUCUAAAGAAAAAGACAGAAUAGUAACAUGAAAAUCCAUUUUUAUCACAAGUAUAAAUCAAUUUGCUGCUUUAGUUUGACCCACAUGACCAGCUUUCUGAAUGAGACGCCCAUCAAAGGAAAGGCUUGAUGUUCAAUUCUUCAUUAAGCCCAUAUGGACAUAGUAUUCCCAAAAUCAUCAUGCCUGGAUUUAACCGCUUGCUUCAUACCAAACGUAGCUAGAGGGACUGCAGUAGUUGUAAACCUUCGAAGUCCGCCUGUGCGGUAGGUGUACCUGACGAAUUGGCCACUGGCUAGCUACAUGGUAAACUGGGGACUUGGUUUAUAUUAAUAUACUGCUUUAGGACGUGAGUGGAUAAAGGUGUCCUAUAUGUUGACUAUGUGACGGUAUAUUCCAUUACUUGUUUGAAGAUGUCAGUGUGCUUUUUAUUCAGUGGACAGUGUACACCCUUACAUGCAAAAUGCGAUUUGUAAAUAAAAACUCAUACCUAUUGUUCA